AUGUCAGAGGAGGAAGAAUCUCCGUUUUCUCAAGACCUCAGGGUGCAGUAUUUAGGCGAGAGACUGUGCCGGAUGCUCAAAGUCAAAACUGAUACAUGGGAAAAAUGUGUCAACCUUGAAAAAAACAAAACACAUUUUACAAUGUUUUUCGAAUCACGUAUUAGAUUGUUAUUUUUCAGCUUGACUGCGUCCAAUGCUCUUACUGUUUCUACUGAGGCAUGUCCUCUUUCUAAACACAAGGAAGUUUACAUUCUCAAGAAAGAAAAUGUCCCCAUCCUCCCAGAAAACUGUAGAGGUUCUGUACUCUUUGGGGUGCUCUCACCCACCGUUCUGCCACAGCUGUCAGACACCAUGGAGAAUGUCUGUCUGCCGCUUCUAUCAAACAAGAAGAAUCACCUGAUGUGGCCGAAUUCAGUAUCGCAGGAUGUGACACAACACAUUGAGAAUUUGCAAAGCAAGGUGUCCGUGGUGACGGGAGAGUUAAACGGGAAAACCAUCCUUCCCAUUCCUGCCAUCCAAGAGUGGAUAGAGCACUGUCAAGAGGCAACUAUCACACUACAAGACAGUCACAAUAGAGCCGUGAUACAUGCAAUUGAGUCAAUGGUCAUCAGCUGGACGCACAUGAUCCAUAAAGUCUUGCAGGCUGAUUCGGCUGAAUUGAUUGAGAAGGGGCUGAACCCUGGACCAAAAGCUGAACUUGACUUCUGGAGGUCCAGGAAAGCGAACAUACAAAGCAUUCACGAACAGCUUCAGAAUCCUUGUGUUAGGAAAAUGAGGAGGAUUCUGGAAAUAAUAGACAGCAGUUAUUUCCCACCAUUCAAAGCUUUGGCGGAAAAUGUUUUUGAUGCUUUGCAGGAGGCCAGGGCUAUAGACCUUCAUUUUCAACCACUCAGAUCAGUGCUGUCUCAACUUGAAGAGCAUGAGUUCUCAUUCCUCCAUGCACUCAUUCCACCAGUCUUUCAUCUAAUAUUUCUGGUCUGGACACACUGUUCAUUCUAUCGUUCACCUGCUCGUAUCGUCGUGCUGCUGCAAGAACUCUGCAACCUCCUCAUUCAGCAGGCCACUUCAUAUCUCAGUGCAGAGGAACUGCUGAGAAUGGAGACUGAAGAUAUUUUGGAAAAGUUACAAACUGUGGUGGGAAUUUUCAGGUGUUUCAGGGAAACAUUCAAGGCCUACAGACAGAAAGUGGUUGCUUCGAUCAGUUCUUGUGCUUCACACAAGUGUUGGGAUUUCCCAUCAGCUCUCGUUUUUACUAGAUUCGAAGUCUUCUUAGCUCGGGUUUCACAGUUAAAGGCUGUUUUCUCUACCAUGUUGGAGUUCCAAAGGUUGGAGAAGCUGGUGUUUGGAGGACUCAGAGGAAGGGUUUACACUGAACAGGUCUCUCUGCUGCAUUCAGAGUUUCUCAAACUCUGUAAAGUAAUAAGAGAUCGGGAAUACAAUCCACUAGAUUUGACAUCUCAGGAUUUUGAAAAAGACUGCAAAGGUUUCCAAGAAAAAGUGGCAGACUUUGAUCAACGGCUGUCCAGCAUUCUGUGCCUAGCCUUUCAAGAUUGUUCAGGAUUGGAAUCUGUUUUCAAACUUGUUGCUGUGCUCAAACCCUUCUUGGACAGACACAUCAUAAAGGAAAAUUUUACUCCAAAUUUCAGCAAAAUAAUUCUGCUCUUUGGGGAAGAGCUGGACAAAUGCAAACACCUGUUUGCUUCUCAUCUUGAGCAGAAAAACAGCAACAAAAUAUUGUUGAGCAAGAACAUGCCGGCUAUGACGGGAGCUUUGAAAUGGACAAAAAUGCUCAGAGACAGAAUGCAAACUCCCUGGAAGAAUUUCCGAUUUGUUCUUGAUAUGAAAAUGGAAGGUGCAGAGAUGAAGUUGGUCAGUCAUAAGUACAUGGAGAUGUCCACACAUUUAGAUGAGUACGAGAAGCAGGUCUAUUUCAGCUGGUGUAAAGAUAUUGACCAGGUGUGCCAGAUGAACCUGUAUCAGCCCCUCAUCAAAAGGGAUCCCAGCACAGACCUACUGUCAGUAAACAUCAAUCAAGAGAUGAUUUGUGUGCUGAAGGAUGUGAAACAGCUGAAAAUUCUUAAUCAGAUGAACAUCCCCUUUGCUGCCUUGAAGGUUUAUGAGAAUAGAGAGAUUUUCUUUAAGAACCUUGGGAGCCUACAUUUAAUGGUGCAGUGGUACAACAAGGUGAGACAGACAACCCUUGAGGUUGAGGCUCCGCUCAUGAAGAAGGAGAUGGAGAUUAUUGACCAGCAGCUCCAUAGAGCUGAAACCAAGCUCACAUGGCAGGACCAGAACUGUUGGGACUACAUCUGCAUACUAAAGGACUCAGUCUAUCAGCUGGAGAGAAGAAUUCAGAAAGCAAAAGACAAUAUUGAGACGAUGGAAGGUCUUAUGAAUGGAUGGAGCAAACAGCCGAUGUUCUGCAGGAAAGAAAACAAGAAAGACACACUCUUGCAACUGGAAGAUAGAGCAGCAAGAGUGGAAAAAAGAUACAGCAACCUCAGGAACGAUGGAGAAACAAUCAAUAAUUUGUUACAGGAGAACAUUAUGCUCUUUGCUGCAGAUAGUUCCUCGGAUGCAUGGAAAGCUUAUUUGGAGUAUGUGGAUGAUAUGGUGGUGGAGGGGUUUUUCAGUGCAAUCACAACUUCUGUAGAGUUUUUCAUUGAUAAUACAGAGGCGUCAGGGAAACAGGCUCCCCUGUUUGAGGCUCAAAUGCUGCUAACAGGAUCCGAGAUUAUGUUUAGACCAUCUCUGGAUCGAGAUGCUGGGGAUGGACUUUAUGAAUUGGUGGAAGAAUUGCUAGGUGAUGUGUUCAAGAUGUCUGCUCAGGUGAAGAGGGUGGCACCUCACCUGGGCUUGGAGGAUUAUCAGGCUGAUGUCGAGGACAUGUUGGACCUCUUAGAUCUCAGACAGGAAGUGAUGGAUAGAGUUGAUGAUGUCAUGAAGAAAGCUUUGCAAUACCAGGAUGCAUUUAACCGCUACGCUCUCCUGUGGCUUGACGACAGGGUUGAAUUUCUUAGGCAGUUUCUCCUCUAUGGUCAUGCGCUUACAGCUCAAGAGGUGGAGGCAUAUGGAGAAGAUGCAGUUCCAGAAAAUCCUCCCACCACAGUGCAGUUCGAAGAGCAGAUGAAUCAUUAUGAAGAUCUACAUGCAGAGGUCAGCAGUUGGGAGGAUUGGCAGGUGUUUGAGGGCUGGUUUAGAGUGGAUAUCCGUUCCUUUAAGAUGAGUCUUUUAAACAUAAUCAAAAGAUGGUGCUGGAUGUUUAAGGAGCACUUGAUAUCUUAUGUUACUGGCAGUAUUGGUGAGCUAGAGGAGUUCAUUGUCCAGGCAGAAUUCAGGCUUAGAGAGCCAGUGUGCAGUGGAGACUACCAGGCUCUUGUGCAAGUAAUGGGUUACUUGCUGGCUGUCCGAAACAGGCAGACUGAUACAGACAGGCUUUUUAAACCUAUCAGUGAUGUGGUCACUCUUCUGGUGCAGUAUGGAGAAACCCUACCUGAGCAUGUUCACACACAACUUCAGGAGUUGCCAGAGAAGUGGAAUAGCAUGAAGAAGCUGGCCUGGACAGUGAAACAUGAGGUUGCUCCUCUCCAUACUGCAGAAGUGGCUGUCAUCCGCAGGAAGUGUGUGGCUUUAGAGAAAAAGCUGUAUCAGUUUCGGGAGAGGUUCAAAACAGAAGCUCCUCUCCAAUACAACACAGAAAGACCUUACACUCUCCUGGAUAAAUGUCACAGGGAGAUGGUGAUUUUAGAGGCAGAGAUGGCAGAGCUACAGGAGUCCUGUAAGCUGUUUGAAGUGAGCAGCCCUGAUUCUAAGCAACUCCGGCUUUGUCAAAGAGAGACGGCUGUUUUAAAACAGCUCUGGGAUCUGAUGCUGUAUGCUCAGUGCAGUAUAGCAGCCUGGACAGGGACAAAGUGGAGAGAGAUCAAUGUAGAACACAUGGAGACAGAGCUGAGGAGAUUUACAAAAGAAAUGUGGGUUCUUGAUAAAGAGGCCCGAGUUUGGGAUGUUUAUGAGGGUCUGGACCAUGUGCUGAGGGAUCUGUUGGCUUCUCUUAGGGCUGUAACAGAACUGCAGAACCCAGCCAUGAGAGAUAGACACUGGCUCCAGUUAGUCAGGACUACCGGGGUAAAUUUCACCCUAACUGAAGGAACGACAUUUGAAGACUUACUGGCUUUGCAGCUGCACAAAUAUGAGGAUGAGGUGUACACUACAGUUGGGAGAGCCGUCAAAGAGAUGUUCACUGAGAAGGUUUUGGCUGAAAUUACGCAAAUGUGGACACAGAUGGAGUUUUCUUAUGAAGAACAUUACCGCACUACUACGCCAAUGCUCAAAUGCAGUGACGAACUUAUAGAGAGUCUGGAGGAGAGUCAGGUGCAGCUGCAGGUGUUGCUGCACAGUAAGCAGGCAAAGUUCUUCCAUGGGCAGGUGUUGGCUUUACAAGCCCAGCUGACUCGGGCUGACUCAGUGCUGUUGCUCUGGCUGGAGGUGCAGAGAACUUGGGCUCACCUGGAGAGCAUCUUCAUGGACUCAGAAGACAUUCGCCACCAACUGCCAAAGGAGGCACAUCAGUUCAGUGGCAUUGAUUCUGACUUUAAGGACCUUAUGUUCAAAAGUGCCAAUACAAGAAGUGUAAUUAUUGCCACAAACCAGCCCAAUCUUCUACCGAAGCUUGAAGAUCUGCAAGGGAGACUUGCUGUAUGUGAGAAAGCACUAGCCAAAUACCUGGAGACCAAGAGAAUGGCUUUCCCUCGAUUCUAUUUCCUCUCCUCAGCAGAUUUACUGGACAUCCUUUCCAAGGGCAGUCAGCCCAGACAGGUAACCUGUCACCUGUCUAAGCUGUUUGACAGUAUGGCUGAUCUUGAGUUUUCUGACAAGAAGGAGGGAGGAAAGGCCCCUGCAGCAGUGGGAAUGUUCAGCAGAGACAGAGAAUAUGUUGCGUUCUAUUCGCAGUGUGACUGCAUUGGACCGGUUGAGCUCUGGCUGACCCGUCUGGAGGAUGUAAUGAGGGAGGGAAUGAGGAGGCACAUAGCUGAAGCAGUGGCCGUAUACGAGGAGCGCUUGCGGGAACACUGGGUCCUGGAGCUGCCGGCUCAGGUUGUCCUCACUGCCUCUCAGAUCUGGUGGUCCACAGACAUGAAUCUGGCAUUCGAGCAGCUGGCCGAGGGUUUUGAGAUGGCGCUCAGAGACUACAACAAGAAACAGAUUAUCCAGCUAAACUCCUUAAUAAACAUGUUAUUGGGAGAGCUGAACCCAAGUGACAGGCAGAAGAUCAUGACCCUGUGUACCAUAGAUGUUCACGCCAGAGAUGUGGUCUCCAAACUCAUCGCUCAGAAGGUGAGCAGUGCUCAGGCUUUUGCCUGGGUUUCUCAGCUCCGCCACAGCUGGGAUGAGGAGCAGAGACAUUGCUUCAUUAACAUCUGUGAUGCCCAGUUUCGCUAUUCAUAUGAGUACCUUGGAAACACACCCCGUCUGGUCAUUACACCCCUCACGGACAGGUGCUAUAUAACACUGACUCAGUCUCUACACCUGACCAUGAGUGGAGCCUCAGCAGGACCAGCUGGCACAGGAAAAACUGAAACCACUAAAGAUCUGGGCAGAGCUCUGGGGGUGAUGGUCUAUGUUUUUAACUGCUCUGAACAGAUGGAUUACAAGUCUAUAGGAAACGUCUUUAAAGGCCUGGCUCAGACCGGAGCCUGGGGCUGCUUUGAUGAAUUUAACCGGAUCGCUGUGGAAGUGCUGUCAGUCGUGGCGGUGCAGGUGAAGACCAUACAGGAUGCCAUUCGCAACAAGAGGAAGAGGUUUUUUUUUCUAGAGGAAGAGAUAAACUUGAAACCCUCUGUUGGGAUAUUUAUCACAAUGAACCCUGGAUAUACUGGACGAACUGAGCUACCAGAGAACCUCAAAGCUCUAUUCAGACCGUGUGCAAUGGUGGUACCUGACAUGGUACAGAUCUGUGAGAUCAUGAUGAUGUCUGAGGGAUUUCAGAAUGCUCAAGUUCUGGGCAACAAGUUCAUCACUCUGUACAGGCUCUGUAAGGAGCUGCUCUCUAAACAGGACCACUAUGACUGGGGCUUGCGGGCUGUCAAACCUGUCCUGGUAGUUGCUGGAGCUCUCAAAAGAGCAGAUCGGACCAGACCAGAAGAUCAGGUGUUGAUGCAGGCUCUGAGAGAUUUCAACAUGCCAAAGAUUGUCUCUGAGGAUGUUCCAGUAUUCCUUGGUCUGAUUAGAGAUUUGUUUCCUGGAGUGGAGGUGGACAGGGGAACUGAUGAUGAGUUUGAGCAGCAGGUCCGGCAGACGAGUCUAGAGUUGAAGCUCCAACCUGAAGACACAUUCAUUUUGAAAGUUGUACAGCUUGAGGAGCUUCUAUCUGUUCAUCACUCAGUCUUUGUUGUUGGUAAUGCUGGAACAGGAAAGAGCCAGAUCCUGAGAACUCUUUACAAAACCUACAACAAUAUGGGAAGGAAACCUGUCUGGAAUGAUCUGAACCCAAAAGCAAUAAGCACAGAUGAACUCUUUGGAUUCUUUCAUCCAGUUACUCGGGAAUGGAAAGAUGGUUUAUUGUCACAUUUCAUGCGUGAUCAGGCAGGCAACUCUCAGUCAGGGCCGAAGUGGAUUGUUCUGGAUGGAGACAUUGACCCCAUGUGGAUUGAGUCUCUCAACACUGUCAUGGAUGACAACAAGGUUCUUACUCUGGCCAAUAAUGAACGCAUCCCUCUCACCUCCUCGAUGAGACUUUUGUUUGAGAUCAGCCACCUGAAACAUGCCACGCCUGCCACCGUGUCCCGCGCAGGCAUCCUGCACAUCAAUCCUCAAGAGCUUAGCUGGAACCUAUGUGUUACAAGCUGGAUUGAUAGAAGGGAGAAACAGACAGAGAGAGCACACCUGACCAUUCUGUUUGACAAAUACGUCCCUUGCUGUAUAGAAAAAAUGAGAAGCUCCUUCAAGACAAUUACUCCUAUUCUCGAGCACAGCAUGGUUCAGACUCUGUGCUCACUGCUGGAUUGUCUGUUAACUCCUGAGAACAUUCCGGCAGACUCUCCUCGAGAAGUCUAUGAGACAUACUUUGUGUUUGCCUGUGUGUGGGCUUUUGGUGGAGCCACAUACAAGGAUCAGCUUCAUGAUUAUCAGGCAGAGUUCAGUCAGUGGUGGACCAAAGAGAUGAAGACUGUAAAGUUUCCUGUCCAGGGAUCUGUGUUCGACUACUACUUAGAUCCCCAUGCCAGACGUUUUCUGCCGUGGACUGAUAGGAUGCCGACAUUUCAAAUGGAGCCUGAUACACAUGUACAGGCUGUGUUAGUACCUACAGUCGAGACGAUCAGACUGCAGUAUUUUAUGGGCAUGUUGCUGGAGACUUCUCAGCCUCUCAUGCUGGUUGGUGGAGCAGGCACAGGGAAGUCUGCUCUGGUCAAGAACCUUCUAGAAACACUACCAGAGAGCUUCAUAACCACAAAAGUUCCCCUUCACUUCUAUACCACUGCAUCUAUGCUGCAGAAUGCAAUGGAGAAACCUUUGGAGAGGAAGGCUGGUAGGAGUUAUUCUCCCCCUGGAAACAAGAGACUCAUCUAUUUCAUUGAUGACAUUAACAUGGCAGCUGUGGACAGUUAUGGGACAUCUCAGCCACACACUCUCAUUCGUCAGCAUCUGGAUUACAAGCACUGGUAUGACAGCAAAAUGUUAACAAUGAAAGAAAUACACAAUACCCAUUACAUCUCUUGUAUGAAUCCAACAUCAGGAAGUUUUACAAUUAACCCCAGACUACAGAGGCAUUUCACAGUGUUUGCGGUCAACACACCCACCAGUGAGACCCUCAGCUCCAUCUUCGGCUCCAUCCUGAACUUCCACCUGCAGUGGUGGCCAUUUAGCCCGGCUGUGGUGAGGAAUGGUCCAGUCGUGGUGCAGUCAACACUAACCCUCCAUGACAGAGUGCUCCAGCACUUCCUCCCCACUGCCACAAAGUUCUACCACCUCUUCAACCUGUGGGAUCUCACUCGGCUGUUCCAGGGUCUUCUGUUUUCUAGGCCAGAGUGUACUAGACAGGGUUCUGAUCUGGUUCAACUUUGGAUCCAUGAAUCCAGCAGAGUGUAUUCUGAUCGGUUUUCAGAGCUGUCCGAUCUGCAAUUAUUCCGCAGGUUGCAGAGAGAUGUCGCUCGACAGGCCUAUGAGGAAAUGCAGGAGGAUGCAGUGUUUCAGGAGCCUCUUAUAUACCUGCACAGCAGUGUGGGGUCUGAAGAACCUUCCUAUAGACCAGUAGCUGGAUGGGAGCUGCUCCGCUGUAUCCUUACUGAAGCUCUGGACAGCUACAAUGAGCUUCACUCUGCCAUGAACCUGGUGCUGUUCCAGGAAGCCAUGCAGCAUGUGUGUCGAAUCAGUCGCAUCCUGGCAUGUCCUAGAGGCCACGCCCUGCUCGUAGGUGUUGGCGGCAGUGGCAAACAAAGCCUGACCCGCCUUGCCGCCCACCUCUCCAACAUGGAUGUGUUCCAGCCCACCCUCAGCAAGGGCUACAGCAUACAGGACCUGAAGGGAGAUCUGGCCAGACUGUACGUGAAGACAGGGGUUAAAAACGUCCCCACAGUGCUGCUCCUCACAGACGCUCAGAUCCCAGAGGAGUGUUUCCUCGUCAUCAUCAGCACCCUGCUCUCGUCAGGUGAAAUUCCUGAUCUGUUGAGUGAAGAGGAGGUGGAUGGUGUUAGGAAAGCUGUAAAGAGUGAGGUGGGGGAAUUGGGUCUGCUGGACACCAUUGAGAACUGCUGGAGCUUUUUUAUUAAUCGAGUGCGAAAACAACUCAAGGUUGUGCUCUGCAUGUCUCCAGUAGGUAACCGUCUGCGUGUACGUGUGCGCCGUUUUCCAGCUCUGUUGAGGUGCACCACUCUGGACUGGUUCCAGGAGUGGCCUCUGGAGGCCCUACAGUCUGUCAGCUUGAGGUUCCUGCAGGACAUCCCAGGCAUUCAGCCGGCUGUUCGAGAAUCUAUCAGUCUUUUCAUGGCCCAUGCUCAUGUGAGUGUCAAGCAGGUUAGUGAGCAUUACUGCCGCAAUGAGAAGAGGCACAACUACAGCACUCCCAAGAGCUUCCUGGAGCAGCUGAGACUUUACGAGAGUCUGCUGAGAAAGAGAGAAAGGGAGCUACAGCUGAGACAUGACAGGCUUCAGUCUGGCCUUCAGAAACUCAAGACAACUGCUUCUCAGGUGGAGGAUCUGACAGUCAAGUUGAACUCACAGGAAGUGGAGCUGACACUGAAGAACCAGGCCACUGAGGCUCUCAUGACCAGGAUCGGCCUGCAGACAGAGAGAGUGAGCCAGAAGAGGAAGGACGCUGAUCUAGAGGAGCAAAAGGUAGCUGCCAUGCAAGCCGAGGUGUCUCGUAGACUGAGAGACUGUCAAAGUGAUCUUGCUAAAGCUGAACCUGCUUUAGAGGCUGCUACAGCUGCUCUACAAACACUUAACAAGGUAAAUCUAACAGAGUUAAAGACGUUCCCCAAUCCCUCAGAGGCUGUGAUCAAUGUUACAGCUGCUGUGAUGGUGCUGUUGGCUCCACGCGGGCGAAUUCCAAAAGACCGUGGGUGGAAGGCUGCCAGAGUCUUCAUGGGCAAGGUUGAUGACUUUCUUCAGGCAUUGCUUUCUUAUAAUAAGGAGCACAUCCCUGAGUCAUGUCUAAGCGUUGUGAAACAGGAAUACCUGAGAAAGCCUGAAUUCCAUCCCGACUAUGUCCGGACUAAGUCAUAUGCAGCAGCAGGACUUUGUGCUUGGGCCAUCAAUAUAGUGCGCUACUACGAGGUGUACUGUGAAGUUGCACCAAAGCGCCUGGCUCUGGCACAAGCCAAUACGGAACUAGAAGCUGCUACCACAAAACUGCUCAGUGUUAGAAAGAAACUGGAAGAUCUGGACAGGCACCUGCAAAGCCUAACAGCUCAGUUUGAGAGGGCGGCAGCUGAGAAGUUAUACUGCCAGGAGGAAGUGACACACACCAGCCAGACCAUUGAUCUGGCCAAUCGACUGGUGGGAGGCCUCCAGGCAGAAAAUGUGCGUUGGUCGGAGGCAGAGCUGGAGUUGGAGUCUCAACUGAAGACUGUGUGUGGUGAUGUUCUUCUGGCAGCUGUCUUUGUGUCCUACGCUGGCUACUUCACACAGCCGUACCGUCAACAGCUCUUCCACAGCAUGCUGAUUCCUUUUCUCCAAGAUCUUAGAACCCCUAUCCCACUGACAGACUGUCUGGAUCCUGUACUUAUGCUGACUGACCAGGGCACUGUGGCAGCCUGGCAGAACCAGGGCCUGCCAGCUGAUCAGCUGUCCGUUGAAAAUGCAGCCAUCCUGAUGGCGAGCCAGCGCUGGCCUCUGCUCGUGGAUCCUCAGCAGCAGGCCAGCAAGUGGAUCCGAAACCUGUACGGGCCCGAUUUGAGGGUGCUGCAGUAUGGCCAGAAAGGGUAUCUGGAUGUUAUUGAGCAGGCUUUAGCCUGUGGUGAGGUGGUCUUGAUUGAAAACAUGAAGGAGACAUUGGACCCUCUCCUGGAGCCACUGCUUGGAAGACAAACCAUAAAGAAAGGAAGGUACAUUAGACUGGGUGACAAAGUGUGUGAGUAUAAUAGUGGUUUCCGUCUCCUUCUACAUACUAAACAAGCCAACCCUCACUUUCCCCCGGAGCUUCAGGCCCAGACCACACUUAUAAACUUUACAGUGACACACGCUGGUCUGGAGGAGCAGCUUCUGGGACAGGUGGUAACACACGAGAGGCCCGAACUGGAGAUGAUGAAGUUGGAAUUGAGCACUCAGCAGAACUUGUGUCAGAUUGAGCUAAAGAGACUGGAGGAUGAGUUACUGUGUAGACUGUCCGCAGCAGAGGGGAACUUCCUUCGAGAUACAGCUUUAGUGGAACAGCUAGAAUACACUAAGAGCACAGCCAAACACAUCCACAACAAGGCUAUUGCAGCUCGAGAGAAUGAGAUAAAGAUCAAUGAAGCACGAAAUCUGUACCGGCCAGCAGCAGAGAGAGCUACACUACUCUACUUCACUAUCAAAGAACUACACAACAUCAACCCUAUGUACCAGUACUCCCUCAAGGCCUUCAACAAAGUGUUCCUCAAUGCCAUUGAGAGAGCUCCACAAGAUGAAGACGUGUCAGUGCAUGUUGUGUCUCUCAGUGAGGCCAUCACCCACUCAGCACUCCAGUACACCUGCCAGGGGCUCUUCCAGAGGGACCGUCUCACCUUCCUUACCCACACCGCCCUCCAGAUUCUCCUGAUGAGAGGAUCUAUCGAAGGUGAGGACCUGGAGCUUCUAUUGCGAUGUCCUGUAGAAGUUUGUCAGAGCAGUCCAAUCAACUUCCUGUCUCCACAGGCAUGGGGUACCAUUAGGAGCUUGUCCAUGCUGGAUGAGUUCAGUGGUCUGGACAGGGAUGUGGAAGGCUCUGCCAAACGCUGGAGGAAGAUAAUAGAGUCAGAGUGUCCAGAAAGAGAACGUUUCCCUCAGGACUGGAAAAACAAGAGCCCCCUCCAGAGACUCAUCAUUCUCAGAGCCAUUCGGCCUGACAGGAUGACCCAUGCUCUCAGAAAUUUUAUUGAAGAGAGUUUGGGCUCCAGCUAUGUGGAUGUUGGUCGGAUGGAGUUUGAAAAGUGUUUUGAGGAGUGCGCUCCUUCCACACCAGUGUUCUUUAUCCUAUCUCCUGGAGUCAACCCCCUGAAGGAUGUAGAAACACUUGGCCUGAAGCUGGGCUUUAGCACAGAGCAGAGCAACCUCCAUAAUGUGUCCUUGGGUCAAGGACAGGAGAUGGUGGCUGAGAAUGCUUUGGAGAUUGCAGCUGUGAGAGGACAUUGGGUCAUUCUGCAGAAUGUUCACUUGAUGGCACGAUGGUUGGGUCAUCUGGAAGAACUAUUGGAGAAAACAGGCAGCCAUGCUCACUCAAACUACAGAGUGUUUUUGAGUGGAGAACCAGCAGCCAGUCCUCAUGAGCACCUCAUUCCUUGCACCAUCCUGGAGAAUGCUCUCAAACUCACAACUGAACCACCCACUGGCAUGAACUCCAGCUUGCAUGCUGCUCUGGACAACUUCACCCAGGAUACUCUUGAAAUGUGUUCUCAUGAGCAGGAGUUUAAAAGACUCCUUUUCUCAGUGUGUUACUUCCAUGCCUGUGUAAGUGAGAGGAGGAAGUUUGGGCCACAGGGCUGGAACCACAGAUACCCAUUCAAUAGUGGAGAUCUGACCAUCUCCAUCAGUGUGCUGUACAACUACCUGGAAACAAAUGCUAAGGUACCAUGGGAGGAUCUGUGCUAUCUGUUUGGAGAAAUCAUAUAUGGAGGACACAUCACUGAUGAGUGGGACAGGAGACUCUGUCGUACAUACCUGCAGGAGUUCAUCAAUCCCAAGAUGUUUGAAGGGGAGCUGUUCCUUUGUCCCAGCUUUCCAGCUCCUCCAGAUUUGGACUACACUGGAUAUCAAAGCUAUGUGGAUGAGAUGUUACCUGUGGAGAGUCCUGGUCUUUAUAGCAUGCACCCUAAUGCUGAGAUUGAGUUCAUGGCAGCCACAUCUGAUGCUCUCUUUAAAACCCUGUUGGAACUCCAGCCCAGUGACUCAUCUACAGGAGAGGGAGCAACACAGUGCAUAGAGGAGAAGGUGAAGAGUGUUCUGGAUGACAUGCUGGAGAAGUUGCCUGAGGAAUAUAAUUUGGCAGAGCUCAUGAGUAAGACAGUAGAGAGGAGCCCCUACAUCCUAGUGUGCUUGCAGGAGUGUGAGCGAAUGAAUGUGCUGCUGGCAGAGAUACACAGAUCAUUAAAAGAGCUGGAACUGGGACUGAAGGGUGAACUGAGUCUUUCUUCAGACAUGGAGAUUCUCCAAACAGCUCUGUUCUAUGACAGUGUUCCAGAGAGCUGGAGCAGGCUGGCAUACCCUUCAACCAAAACACUUGCCCUGUGGUUCAUUGAUGUUCUGGCCCAGUGUCGGGAGUUAGACACUUGGACUCAAGACUUUGUGAUUCCUGCUGUGGUUUGGAUCUCUGGGCUCUUUAGCCCUCAAUCAUUUCUCACAGCAAUUAUGCAGAGCAUAGCCCGGAAGAAUAAGUGGCCUUUAGAUAGGAUGAGUCUGUCUGUGGAUGUCACCAAGAAAACUAAGGAUGAUUAUGGACAUCCUCCUCGAGAGGGAGCGUAUAUAUAUGGACUCCACAUUGAGGGUGCUCGUUGGGACAACUUCACAGGUUUGUUAUCAGAGGCUGUUUUGAAGGAGUUGACUCCAGCCAUGCCAGUGCUGUAUAUACGUGCAGUGCCUGCUGACCAGCAGGAUGUGAAGAACACAUAUGAGUGCCCAGUGUACCGCACCAAACUCCGCGGCCCCACCUACAUCUGGAGCUUCCGCCUCAAAUCACGCCAUCCUCCUGCAAAGUGGGUCCUUACAGGAGUGGCUCUGCUUAUGUCUGUGUGAACAGGGCCACUCUGUUCCGCUCAAAUAUGUUGUCCUUUUUUCAGGUCUGUUAUAUAGUUACCUUUAUAAUAAGUAUUGUGUUGAUUUUUAUCUGCUGUUAAAAAAAUGGUUGAAUUUAAGUUUUUUAAUGUGUCAAUUUAAUAUGAUAGAAUGUGCAUAUAGAGUGUUAUGUUGUAAUCUAUGUAGUGUAUGGAUUUUUAGAAACUUGAAUGUUAAUAAAUAGUUUGGAAGAUCAAAACAUAAUAGAAAGCAAUGUUAGGCAAAAUGUUUGGGACUGAUUGCCUCUUUAAUUGCAUAUUUUUUUCAUACAAUGAAAGUGAAUGGUGACUGAGACUGUCAUUCUGUCUAAGAAUGCCUUUUGUGUUCCACAAUAGAAACAAAGUAAAACAGGGUUGGAACAACAUAGGGAUGAGUUAGUAAUAACAUCAUUUUCAUUUUUGGUUGAAAUAACCCUUUAAGACUAAGAGUAGCUUAUAUGAAAAGCAGCUUUUAUGGCAACCCAGUGCCCAAUGAAUGAAACUAUCUUCUCGAGUGCCAUCACAAUAAGAGACUCCCAGUAUAUUAUGUAGGCUGAUUUUUAAAUGAGGUGUGUUUGACAUUGACUCUCCUCUCCCGCUGAAUACAGAUAGAUCACUGCGAUUCAUCUCAUGUCGAGAAACCAAUUUGCUAGCUUCUUUGAAUGGCAUGAUUGAGCUUGUCAGUUUUUUGCUCAACCUAUGUGUGGUUUAAUAACUAUAUAUUACUAGGUAUCAUAAUGCUGAACUACAAAUGUGCUUUUGUUCAGUACUAUUUCAGAAGGUAUUAGACAGCAACUUUAUAUUCCACACGAUCACAAAAUAAACAACAUCUGCUGCUGUGUUUGUCUGGGAUUGUUUAUACACCCUUCCCACAGUUCUUUGCUAUGACGCAGACCUUGUCAGGAGACAAGAAAAUGAUACAUCUGUCCGGGAGAGGGAAAUGAGUGGUUAGCACAAGAUCUGGAGCUCUUCCUCCCCUCUCAGUGAGUCCAGCAGCAGGCGCGCAGCGAGUAAUAAUGGCCCACAACAGGAUGGAUCUGUAACUGUUUAGACAAUUUGUCUAAACAGUCAGCCAAUUAAGCUUUACAGCUUUCUGCAUUGUAGAAAGUUCACACUCUUACUGACACAUACAAAGGUCUAUGUUUUUAAUAUGAUUAGACACAAGAUAUUUAAAAGUGUUUGGCAUAGUUCAUACUGUAUUCCUACCACUCGGUUGGCAGUAAGUUUCUAUUUUACUUCAAACAUUUUGAAACAUUAAAGACCCCAUAAAAUCAUUUGAUGAG